AUGAAAGGCCUAUUUGCUGUCCUUUUAAUGUUUAUUUUUGAUUUGCCUAGCUUGUGUGCUAGAAUAAUGCUUGAUCGAGUAGUUUCUCCAUUCAAUGUUGUUACCUAUGGUGCCACGGGAGAUGGCCUAACCGAUGAUUCUCCUGCUUUUGUAAAAGCGUGGGAAGACACGUGUGGUGCAAUUGAGGGCACCCCAACACUACUCAUACCCAAAGGGAAAACAUUCAUGUUGCAACCCGUGUCGUUCCAGGGUCCUUGCAAAUCUGCAACCGUUAACGUUCAGCUUGAGGGAACUAUAAUUGCCCCAAAAAACGUUGAGGCUUGGGAAUGGGCACAAAAUGAUAGGAGUGCAUGGGUGCAGUUCGAGGGCAUAACUGGCCUUGUUAUCAAUGGACAAGGACUUGUUGAUGGCCAAGGUGCUGCAUGGUGGAACGACUACAAUUCCCAUAAUGAUUAUGACAGGCCAACUGCUCUUCGAUUCGGUAAUUGUGAAAAUCUAAGACUCAGCUCGUUGACUCACAUCAACAGCCCGAGAAAUCAUAUAAGCAUAGAUACAUGCAAUGGCGCAUAUAUCUCCAAUCUUUAUAUUUCUGCUCCAGAGGAUAGUCCAAACACCGAUGGGUUCGAUAUCGCAUCAUCAACCAACAUCGUCAUUGAGAACUCUGUGGUGGAAACUGGUGACGACUGCAUUGCCAUCAACUCUGGGUCUAGCUUCAUCAACGUAACUGGUCUUUAUUGUGGACCUGGCCAUGGCAUCAGUGUUGGGAGCCUCGGAAAAAAUGGAGCUUAUAACACAGUAGAUGAGGUAUAUGUGAGAAAUUGCACUUUCAAUGGAACCACAAAUGGAGCCAGAAUCAAGACAUGGAAGGGAGGAUCAGGAUAUGCUAGGAAGAUCACAUUUGAAGAUAUAAUACUUGUGUCAGCAAAGAAUCCUGUGAUUAUUGAUCAGAAUUAUGACCCUAAUGAUGUUACAGAAGCAGCAGUGAAAGUGAGUGAUGUAACUUACCGCAACAUGAGGGGAACUUCAAGUUGUGAGGAAGUAAUUCAACUGAAUUGUGACAAUACCGUUAGCUGCACCAACAUUGUAUUGGACAAUAUUAACAUAACCUCCGCAAUUGGAGAGAAAAUAUAUGCAUCCUGCAAUAAUGCACAUGGGACAAGCUUUUUGUGUAAUCCACAUGUUUCAUGUCUUUCAUUGUAA